CUUCUAUAAAAGAUUCAAUCAUUUCAUGGAAAAUAUAGAACCCAAACUUAAAUAUCAAACAAUUAAGCCGAUUCUUUAUCUGGAUUUUCACAUUGAACUAGCUUUUUUAAUCAAAUGGAAAACCAGUUUUUUUUUAGUGCUCAAGGAAUCCCACCGCUCGGACCGCCAUUGGGCUUCGGGCAGUCCCUAUUUUCAGCCAUUAAAAUUCAAGCACCUGAGCUGAAUUCAUCGGAUUACGGUCUACAGGUCGAGUCGGCACUGAGUUCGAUGGUUUCUUCUCCGGCGGCAUCGGGUUUCAAUACCUCCAACGACAUAUUCAUGUUCGGGGAAUUUCUGGGCAAACAGGGGAGCAUCGAAAACUCCGGCGACAUCUCCCGGCACCCUUUAAUGGCGUCUUCUUCUUCUUACAUCAAUGGAAACAACAGCACCAACACUUCUUUUUACAGCACCCCGUUGAAUUCUCCUCCUAAAUUGAACUUGCCGGUGAUGGACGGUACGGUAACGGAGAAGCUUCCCGGUUUGGGAAAAUCGAUGGGGAUGAAUUCCAGUGUGGCGGAUUUCUCGGCCGAUCCUGGAUUUGCAGAGAGAGCGGCGAAAUUCUCUUGCUCCAGAAGCCGGAGUUUCAACGGCCGGACGAGUCAACUCGGACUCAAAAACAAUUAUAAUGAAAUCUCUGGUUACAGAUCUAAUAAUCCAUCGUCGUCAAAUGCCAAGCGACCUCGUGUUUCCAGUAGUCCUUCUCUAAAGGCAAUGGCGGCGUCUCAAAUUGGUUACAAGAGUAGUAAUACCCCAUUGCAGGAUCGAUCCGAGUUAGACAGUUCUCAAGAGGAAUCCUCCAUUACCAAUGGCGAUCCUGGUUUCAAAUCUUCGAAAAGGACGAAUUCAAGGAAAAGAAAAACAGUUCCCGAAGCAAAAACAAAUCAGAAUUCAACAUCUCCAUCGAAGACAACCGAACAAAACGAAGAAACAAAGGAGAAGCGAUGCAAGACUACAGAGAGCAACGGGAACCAAAAUGGUUCAGUCAAAACAGAGGAAGAAUCAAAAGGAAAUGCAAACACAAAACCUCCUGAGCCUCCCAAAGACUACAUUCACGUUAGAGCAAGAAGGGGCCAAGCCACUGACAGCCACAGUUUAGCCGAACGAGUCCGAAGAGAGAAAAUCAGUGAGAGAAUGAAGCUCCUGCAAAAUAUUGUUCCCGGUUGCAACAAGGUAACCGGAAAAGCCUUAAUGCUGGAUGAAAUCAUAAACUACGUUCAAUCAUUGCAGCGUCAAGUUGAGUUUCUUUCGAUGAAGUUAGCUUCAGUGAAUACCGGGGUGGAUUUUAACGUGGAUGGUUUAAUGCCAAAGGAUGUAUUUCAAUCAAACAACAAGUGUUUGACACAUCAAAUAUUCCCAAUGGAUUCCUCGGCAUCACCCAUAUUUGGACGCCCGACCCUGCCAAAUCCAGCACCGCAUGGGACAAUGACCCAAUCCUUAGGGGACCCAUUUCCCCCUCCGUACCUAACAUUCUGUGAGGGUGACCUGCAAUCCAUAGUAGAAAUGGGACCGGCCAAAAUCAAAGCAGGGCGGAGAAUUUCCGGGGCUCAGGCCAGAUGAAAGUUGAGCUCUAGCAGUAACCAUUCAUUCUCCAAACCAAGGACAAAAGGGCUGGUGUAUAUACAAGAAAUUUAAAAAUGGAGCAGGUGCAUGAGAACUACCACGAUGCUUAGGUUAAGAAAGGCAGGAUUCUUUGCUCUUUUUUACCUUUUUUUUACCUUUUAUCUUUUUGGGGUUUGUCCAUGAUUUUGUCUUCUUUCUAAUUUUAUCAUUUGUGGAGUAUUUUUCCUUGCCGAAUUAUCCGAUGUAAAAUUUGGUCAAGUCUGGUGCAAUCAUCUUAUUAGCAAAAAGCACCCACAUUUGUAAGAUAUAAU